UGCCCUUAAGAAAGAGGCAAAAAGUGUCAAAAUUUUGGUAUAGCUUUAAAUUAAGUAUAAAUGUGUUUUUAAAAAUAUAGUCCAGAGUCUGUUCUGCAAAACGGAAUUGACAUUUCACAAUAAGACGUCGUCGAUGCUGCAACACGUCCAUUUUCAUGGCUGCUAAAAGCUCCACUAGGACAGGGAAGGCGUAUUCCCCCGCCAUGGCGCUGGCUCCUCUCCUUUCUGACCGGACUGAAAACUUUCGGUUUUGUUUCUGGUGAAACGGCGGGAGGCGGACUUCUUACUGACGCAGCUGCGGGGCUUUGCGGGAUUGGCGCAGAGGGAGUCGCGGCAGGAAGAGCGACAUGUUUUCUGCCUUUAGUUUGGAGACUUAUUAACCAGUGGAACCAGUUAGAACUGGUCCACACCCAGUUUACUUUCAGUUUGUCACUCGGGACUUUCCGCCAGGCAGGUUUGCUAAGAAACGAUGGCCAGUAAACUGGACAUUCCUCUACAUGAGGCGUCACUCAGCAUUGUGAGAAGAUGUCCAACCGAUCUGUGUGACAUCAUCAACAGUAAAUUCGGAUGUGUGGCCACCGUCGAGGGUGUGGAGAACGAGAGCAGGACUUCACACCAGAGACCUGCAACCAUUAAGCCAGAGAAAAGAAAAGAGUUCAUGACGCGUUCAGGUGUAAAGGUUUCUGUGUGGAAGGCUGAUCUCACCAAUUUCCAUGCUGAUGCUGUUGUGAAUGCAGCUAAUGAAGAUUUACACCAUUUUGGAGGCCUUGCUAUGGCUCUGUCUAAAGCUGGUGGUCCUCAAAUCCAAAAGGAGUCUGAUGAUUAUAUUAAAAAGAAUGGUAAAUUAAAAACCGGGGAGGCAGUUGCUCUGGGUCCAGGGUCACUGCCAUGCAAAACGAUAAUUCAUGCUGUGGGUCCAUAUCUGUCGUCAAGUCCUUCCCAACAUGAUAUGCACAAAGCUACAGAUUUGCUACAGAAAGCCAUCUGGAAUAUUCUCUAUAAAGUUGAUGAAUUCCGUCUGGCGACUGUUGCCAUUCCUGCUAUAAGCUCCGGGUUGUUCAACUACCCACUGGCAGAAUGUGCCGACACCAUAGUGUCAACUAUAAAAACCUUCUGCGACAAUCUGACUCGCCAGAACCAUCGUCCCAAAGAAAUCUUCCUUGCCAACCACGAUGAGCCCACAGUGCGGGAAAUGGAGAGAGCAUGCAAUCGGAUAUUCAGUCCUCACCAGACGCAAACUUACAGCAGUGCUGCAGCACAAAACACCCGAAGCACCGGAAACGCCCCACAGCCUUCAGUCAAGAUCGGUAAUGUCCUUCUGACUCUGAAGAAGGGAAAAAUUGAAGAACAAAACACAGAUGUCAUUGUAAACACUGCAUCGGACGAUCGGGAACUGAACCAAGGUCAAAUUUCCAAAGCAAUAUUGCACAAAGCUGGCUAUGAAAUCCAAAAAGAAAUGGCCAAAGCUGUUAAGAAGGGUAAUAUCUACUGCACAAAAAGUUAUAGGCUGAAGUGCAAAGAGGUGUAUCAUGCGAUUUGCACUGAAAAGAGCAGGACUUCUGCAGGAUCCGUAGCAUCUCAACAGUUACUCCACGAUUCGGUGUUUGAGUGUUUAGUAGAAGCCACAAUAAAACAACACCACUCAAUCUCCUUUCCUGCAAUCGGCACCGGAAAUCUCGGAUUCUCUAAAAACGAUUCUGCCUCCGUUAUGUCAAAAACUGUAGCUGAAUUUGCUGAACGGAGUCGGAGCAAGCUGGACGUUUACUUUGUAAUUUUUCCAUCAGAUCAUGAUACAUACCAGGCUUUUGAAGCUGAAAUAAAAGCUCUUCUGGAAAGAGUAUCAAACUUCAUGUUGGCAACAGCAUCUGGGCCAGAAGACUUCCACACCACAAGAGGUUCAACCCCAAAGAUCAUCCUGCUUGGUCCCUCCGAUGAAUCAAAACACGAGGCUAAGAAGUGGUUAACUGACCUCUUUAAGCAUAAGCCCAUCGAGAUUAACAACAACUUCAUCUCACACUUUAGUGAGGGAGACCACCGGAUUCUGGCCCAUUUAGCUGAUAGUGGGUUGCGCAUUGAGGAGUUUUUCUCACAGGGUCAUGCAUGUCUAACAAUAAAGGGAAAACUGGAGGAAAACGCCAUCAUUGCCGCCCUCCAGGUGGAGGCCUUGCUCUGCAAAAUCCACAAAGAUUUUAUAGCAGAAGAAGAACAUCAGCUGAGGAUGCUGACAGACAUGAAAGUUUCUGGAGAGAAGAAAACAGUUGAUCAAAAAAGCAAGGAAUUUUCAGAGCGAAUAAAGCCUUUCAAAGCUAAUCUGUGGGUAGAAAAGGUGGACAAAGUGGAGAAUGAUGCUCUGGAGGAAAUGUUCAACCGGAAGAAGAAGCAGCUUCGUUGCUCCUUAACUAAAACGAUGUUCCAACGCGUCCCUGCUCAGUUCUGUGAGAUGAUCAGCAGAAUUGGAUUCCAUGCAGAGUGCGCACCGCCUGACGAUCCAAAGUAUGGAGAGGGAAUCUACUUCGCAGGCCGCAUAACAACAGCGUUGGACCUGUGGAGGGAGAAAGGGGAGGAGUACCUGUACUUUGUGGAGGCUGAAGUUCUGCUGGGAAACUCGGCUAAAGGUGAACGAGGAUUUAUUCUUCCUCCUCCGGUUGGAAAAGGUUCCUACAUUCUCUAUGACAGCGUGUCUGGAGGAUCUGAUGUCUCUGUUAUCUUCAGCGGUUAUCAGGCUUUGCCAAAGUACAUCAUCACAUGCAAGAAGAAUUCACAUUCUUCCUUAAUAUAAAACGUUUUACUCAUUUUGGUUUGAAAUCAGAAUCUGAUUGCAGAAAAAUUGAUCAAGAAGAAUCUCCAGGAAGUAAACUAGUUUAAUGUAAAUUCACUUUUAGCCUCAGAGAAAGGUUUCAAAAUAAACUUGUAUGCUGACUUAGAAACUAAAAGGUUUUUUGUUAUUAAAAAUGUUGAUUUUCAUAUUCAGUAUAAGCAGAACAAAUAUCACGUUAGUCUUAUUAUAUCUUUGGUUCAGAAUCAUGCUUUUAUUAUUUUAUGAUUUAUUUCAUCUUUUUUGAAGUUAUUAGAUUUCAACAAAAGUUUUAUAAUCAUCUGUUUGCUGAUGAAAAGUGUUAAGUAUGUUAAACCAAAAUCAUUAUUUGGGAUCAAAUCAGUAAAAUCAUCAGUUUAUUUGACUUUAUAAAUGUAGCAUCAGUCUUUCUAUUCUCUAUAAAAAGCUCAGUAUCAGUUGAUGCCUUACAGCGAAUCUGCAUGUCUAUUUCUAAGGGAUCUUUGUCUAAAUUUGUGUAAACAUUGUACUAAUGCUGCUGUAAGUAAAUAAAUCUCAAUAAAGUUGGAAAGGAA